AUGCCCCAUCCACGUUCAAAACAAAUCAGACUGUCAGUUGUUUUGUUAACGGCGCGGCGUGGCUUUGCGACCGGUCAUGUAUGCCACGGCGAGAGUCGGCUGUUUUUACAUUUGACUAUGGAUUAGGACAUCGAUAUUUUUUUUUUGUUUUUAGUUAUUUCACAUGCCAGUUUUAUGAGCCAGUUUUAGAAAUAGUUUUUAUCUAAUUGUUCACUUUUUUUGGAUUAUAAUCGCUCCGUUUUGAAGAUUUCUCUCUUUGAACUAUUUCAACAAGUUUUUCGAUCAUUUCAUAUUUAGUUUACAUAUUAGAAGUUUACUUGAUUUAAAAAGAGAUAAAUGGUAUAAUCUAUUUGUGUUAAUGUUGUGAUGAGAUAAAACACGAUCGAAAGAUUUGAAAAUAGUCACACGUGGACUCUUGUUUUCUUUUUGAUAAGAAGAAGACAGAGAUAUUUUCAUGGUUUUCAUGGACGAAUGUCGCUCGGACCUCAACAGGUACAUAGGGGCUCCGAGACCGGGAGUACCUUUGUCACCAACAGCUCCAGAGGCUGAAGGACCUCCAGUCCAAAUGGAACCUGUAGAUCUUAGUAUCAAAACUCCUGUCGUUCUACAAGUUCCUAAAUUUCCGAAGAGAUUAAAAAAUCCGGCACCUUCCACUAAAAUACAACAACCACCUGAUAUUCCAAAUGUGAUACAUCAACAAGAUAUCAGAUUAAGUUUGACAGAUCCUCGAUCUCUCACAUCAACUGCAGCUCUUUUAGCUUUCCAAAGGAUAAAAGAUGCUUCAUUAUCGAUUACUAGGAGUUCACUGCUGGAAUCUCCUAGCAAAUCAAGUACAACACCCAACAAUAAGGAAUACGAAGAUAUUAAAACGCCGGAUGUGACGAUUAGACGAAGAAAAAUACACCGAUGCGACGUUGCCGGUUGUCACAAAGUAUACACGAAAAGCUCGCACCUUAAGGCACACAAAAGGACCCAUACAGGAGAAAAACCGUACCAAUGUUCAUGGGAAGGUUGUACAUGGAAAUUCGCUAGAUCCGACGAACUUACAAGGCACUAUAGAAAACACACCGGACAAAAACCUUUCAGCUGCAAUUUGUGUCAGCGAUCUUUCAGCAGGUCUGAUCAUCUUUCACUACAUAUGAAAAGACACUAGAAAAAUUGCAUUUAAUACUUGUUUUUAGAGUAAUCUUAGCUAAAUUGUUCUAUUAAUAUUUAUUUUAAUAUCGCCAAUUAGAUCUUCUUUCUUCAUUCAUCAUUUUAUAGUAAAAAGUAUUUCAUCGAUGCAACAACCUACACUGUAUGUAUGUAUUAUACAGGGUGUCCCACGACGAGUUAAAACUAUCUGUAUAUAUGGCAAAAUACUUGUAGUAAAAUCAUGAAACUUUCCACGUUUGGUGUUUAACUAAAAUAUCAUAGAUGGCCGACUUUCGGUUCUAAAUAUAACACUCUGUAUAUUAAUAUUUUGAAAUCUACGUAAAAUUUUAGUAUACUUCAGUCUAAAAACUUUAUUCGCAAAAUGCAUACUUUUCGAGUUAUUAAUAUUUUUGUAAAAAAUUUUACCGUUGCAUAAAUUAUUUUUUUACGAAGAUACCCUUAAAGAUAUGAAAAUUAUAUCUAUUGGGUGGCUUUUAGCAAGGUCAGACGUGUUUGAAUCUAUGUUAAAAAAUUUUUCAUUCUCUACAGGAUGGGUAUAAAAAGUGUUCAAAGCUUAACUUCAUAAAUAUCAAAUUUCUUUAUUUUUUUAAAUAGAACCAUCCGGUUUUUUCCGUUUUAAUGCUUUCAGGGUAAUAGUAAAAAAUAAGGCAAAUUGCUAUACCUAAACCCUACCGUUAUCCAGAUUUAAAUGUCUUCUGUUUAAAUUUAAACUUUUAAACUGUUAAACUUUGAACACUUUUUAUACACACCCUGUAUAAAAUGAAAAAUUUUUCAACAUAGAUUCAAAUACGUCAGACCUUGCUAAAAGCAACCGAAUAGGAACCAUUUUCAUAUUUUUAAGGGUAUCGUCGUAAAAAAAUAAU